AAAAUCUAACGAAAACAAGCCAUGAGCCAUCACAAGAUAACUCAAAAAAGAGUUAACCUAGCGACCUUUCCAACUACCAUCAUCUCAAUCUCAUCUCCACAGCAAAAGAUGAUUCAACAUCUCCCACCAUUUAAAUCCACGUGUCAACUUCCAUGCCACGUGCCCUUCAUUCAUAGCGCACGCGUGCCAACUCCUCCUCCUUCCCCCUCUUUCCUCUGAUAUACAGUGUACACCCUCUCCUCCUCUCCCUCACACUGCCACACGUAGCCGUUACUUCCUAUUAAAAACACACUCAUAACAAGUACCAAAUCAUAAAAGUAUGGACGAUCCACGCACCAGUGACGGCACCACCGUCCUAUACGCCUCUCUCCCUGCCCUCGCCAUCGCAGGCCCAUUACUCAGCCUAAUGGGCUUCACUCUCUUAACAUCUCUCGCGCUCCUCCUCGUGGCCGCCCCUUUGCAGAUCCUAUUCAGCCCGAUCCUACUCCCCGCCGGCUUCGUGGUUGCGGCUGCGGUGGUGGCGUUCGGCACCGCAGGAGCCAUGGGCUUAGGCGGGCUUUGGGCUCUGAAUUGGGCUUUCGGUUACGCAACCCGUGGGCCUGCCGACAGGGCCGGGCCCACUAAAGUGGCGGGACCGGCUACGGAGACGCUGACCGAGUCGGGGCAGAGGGUGAAGGAACGAGCGCAGGAUUUUGGUGGCUAUUUGCAGUAUAAGGUCGACGUCCUCCCACCGGAGAACGCACCGCGCAAAGAGAACAUUAACGAGACUUAAUUUGCAGUGAUAGAGAGGAGAGGAGUUUAUCUACUUAGAUAUUAUAUAUCAUGUGUCUGUCUCAUAUGUAUAUAU